AUGGCGGUAAAACUGAAGGAGGCUAAAGCAAUGCGAGCCCUUGCGUAUAAUCAGAUGGUAGAGAUCCACGACGUGGCCUCCUCUGCGUUGCUGCAGAUUACGCUCAAGUGUUUAUUGUCAUUUCGGUAUCAGCGCGUUGAGGACGUUGUGCAGGAUUUUCGAAAAUAUCACACGUCGGAUAUUUCUUGUCUGUCUAGUUCAACCGAACCAGAUUUUGAAAGCGAAGAUGCGGUGAGGAAAGAAUUUGAUCGGUUAUAUUGUGAAACCGGAGUCGCAUAUAACGAACUUUUUCCCGCGUCCUCGCCAUUGAAUACUCCCACUCCUAAUAAUCAUAGUCAAACAAUGAGACAAACUAAUAUUCGUUUACCAAAAAUCUCGUUGCGAAACUUCCAUGGCGAUUUUGUAAAAUGGUAUCCGUUUAUUCAAACAUUCAAUACGGCCAUUCAUAAUAACGAAUCAUUACCACCCGUUGACAAAUUUCAGUAUUUGCUAAGUUGCCUGUCAGGCGAAGCGUUAAACCUGAUAAAAUCGCUGACAUUAUCAGAGGAUAAUUAUCCGAUAGCAUAUAAAAUUUUAACAGACCGGUACGACGAUAAACGAUAA